AUUUAAGGUAACGAAAUGGAUGAUGAAGCAGAAGUUUAUAAAAUGUGGAAAAUUCGAAAAACUGUAAUGCAGAUGUGUCAUGACAGAAGAUACUUAGUUACACAAGAUGAGUUGGAUCAAACAUUAGAGCAAUUUAUAGAACAGUUUGGUGAUAGACCAAGUGAAGGCCAUCCGUCGCGUGGAGAUAUUUCAGUUCUUGUAGCUCAUAAUGAUGACCCAACAGAUCAAAUGUUUGUAUUUUUUCCCGAAGAAGAAAAAGUUGGAAUAAAAACUAUCAAGCAAUAUUGUACUCGUAUGCAAGAGGAAGGUAUAAACAGAGCUAUCAUAGUGGUACAGACUGGUAUGACACCAUCUGCAAAGCAGGCACUUGUGGACAUGGCACCAAAAUAUAUUCUUGAACAAUUUUUAGAAGCUGAGCUGCUUAUUAAUGUUACUGAACAUAAUCUGGUUCCCGAACAUGUUGUUUUAAGUCCUGAAGAAAAAGCAGAGCUACUUACAAGAUAUAAGUUGAAAGAUCACCAGUUACCCAGAAUUCAACAGGGUGAUACUAUUGCAAGGUAUUUUGGAUUGAAAAGAGGCCAGGUUGUUAAAAUCAUUCGGCCAAGUGUAACAGCAGGCCGUUACGUUACUUAUCGCAUUGUUCAAUAGAUGUGCAAGACAGCAACUAAUAUAAUGAUAAUGAAGCGGUAUCAAUAUUAUCUUAAUUCUUGCUACAGUUGGUCUCUACUUUCUACUUUUGCUACGACAAUUAGAUUGUAUGAAAGUACCAUGAAGAAAUAAGGCAUAAAUCAAGUAGUCGAAGGUGUUUUGGUUUUUUAAGUUAUAUCAAUUGACUUAUAAAUGUUACAACAUUCUUUCACUAGUUGCAACUUAUUGAUAUGCAAUUAUAGCAUAAAAAUUUUUUUU